AUGAGUUGGUUUAGUUUUAUAACCCUAAAUUACAUUACUUUUGUGUGUUUUGUGUUGAUUCAAGUCUUUGGUAUGUUAAUAUUGUGCUGUAAAGAAAGUUCUUGCUAUUUUUUGUUUUGUAAAGAAAGUUCUUGCUAUUUUACGUUUUGUAAAAGAAGUUCUUACUAUUUUUUUUUUUGUAAAGAAAGUUUUUGCCAUUUUACGUUUUGUAAACAAAGUUCUUGCCAAUUUACCAAUUUUUAGCCCUGUUGGUAUGUUCCAAGCCCAAGCCAGUUGAUUCGGCCAAAGUAAAGCGGAAACACGUUCAACCACAGCGAAAGAGAGUCGUAGUUCGAAGAGAAGUCUUGUCACCAGAUUCAGAAGAAAGAGAGGUCCAACUUGAGUAUUAUGGGUCACAGAAAAGCGACGACUAUCGAUAUCCAUCUUCACUUGAAAACUCGUAAGUAUUUUAGGUAUAGUAAAAGCUGGACUAGGGUAAAGAAAGUAUAGUAGGCUAGGGUAGGGGGCAAGAUAAGAGAGUAAGGUGGGGUAUGGUAGCCUAGGGUAGUGGAGGGGAAUUUUGGUAGAAGUUAGGCAAAGGGAUAAAACAGGUGAGCUUUAUAGGGUACAGUAGCCCUAUAGAAUAGGGUAGGGUAAAUUAAAAAAUUUCACACAUACAAGCCUUUCAGAACCCAAUUGGAUAACCACCAUCAGCUGAAGACGUGUGAAGGAGAACCCUCGACGCAAGAAAGUGCUGACACAGCCACGUUACCGACGAGUAAAGAGCUAGAAAAACCUAAAAAGGGGGGUGGUUUCAAUUGGUUCAAGAAAACAACGAAUAAGAAACAUACGACAAUGAAGACACAGACCGAGGAGCCGGUUAUUACUGGACUUGAAAAGUAGGUUAAUAUAGGAAUUUUUGGUACUCCUAGGCUUACAAAUGGUACUAGUGGUACUAAAAUUUGUUUUUAAACCUUGUAGGUAAUUUUGAAGCUGAAAACCAUGUAUUUAUAGAAUUGUACUAGUGGUACCAUAAAAAAUCCAAAAUAGUACUAUUGGUACCAAAUUUUGAAUUUUUAAAAAUAAUUAAAAAAUACAUUUUAAGCUUAAAUUAAAGUCUUUUAACUCCCAAUUUUUCAGUUCACACAAAGAACAAAAGGAACAACACAGAGUACAGCCAAUGGCCAAGAAAAAACGGGUUCGGCCGCUGAAAGAAGCCCAUCGACCAAAAUCACCAACUCCACCCGCCGAGACCCAAAAAACGAAAACUCACGACGUUUUUGUAGAUUGUCCAUAA